GUGGCUAUAAGCAACAAAGGGCUCCCACCCAGCAAAAAAGUGCACAGUUCACUCUUGACAUUCUACCAUCAGACAUGGCAGAGUUCAAACCCGUGUUGCUCUCCCUCCCGUCCCUCGCUCCUUCGCUGGCGGUCGAGGUCAUUCCCUUUGGACUAACCAUUCACCGUAUCUUUGUCCAAGUCGACGGAAGGACGCACGACAUCGUCAUCGGCCCAGAGGCACCCGAAGACCACACCGUCGUCAAAUACACCAACACCAUCGUCGGCAGAUACGCCAACAGAGUCCCCGUCGGGACACACACCGUCGACAAGGACGGUGUGUCGUCCCAGUUCACAGCCAUCACAAACGAAAGCCCGCAGGUAUCGCUGCACGGAGGUCCCACGGGCUUCGACCAGCGCGCAUGGACGCAGCUCCCGUCUCUCUCCUCCGCCACCCUCUUCACCCCCGCUGAGAUCUCCGCCAUCGCAGAAGCUGCACCGGGCGAAUCGAGCGCUGCCAUCUUCACGCUCACGUCCGAGGACGGCGACCAAGGCUACACAGGCAGACUCCUCCUCGAGGUGCUCAUCGCCGUCGUUCAGCCUGGUCCCGGGCGUACAACCGGCGGGGCAGAGCAUGAGCUUGGGAGCGUCGUUAUUGUGUAUAGGGCCAAAGUGGAUGAGAAGGCAGGGGAGAAGGUGGUGACGCCGAUCAAUAUCACUCAGCAUUGGGGCUUUAAUCUCGAUGCGAGCUUGAAGGAUGGUCCAGAUUCGCUCUCGGUUAUGAACCACAAUAUGAACAUGAAGUCAACCCACGUCGCGGAGCUGCUGCCCAAUCACCUUCCUUCUGGGAACUACAUCCCUAUCGCAGAGGCAGAUGGCGGAAGCGGAGCGCAUGUACAUGGUAACAAGCGCAUCGGGGACGGAUUCCCCAAGGGCGGGUAUGAUGACUACUACCUCCUCUCUCCACGCCCCGCUUCCGCUUCACCGCAUCGCAUACCUCUUUCGUCCUUCGCUCCCUCCCUCGACCUGGUGAAAGGUCUGCUGGUGGGCGGACGGAGAGAUCCCGUGCUCGAACUGUCUUCUGACAGAUCAGGAUUGGCAGUCGAGUUUGAUACGAACCAGGCCGGACUCAUGUUCUACACUAACAACUGGGCGGACGCCAAGGGAUAUCGGAAGAAGAUCCAUGGUGGAUCUGGGGUGAAAGGUGAUGGAUAUAUCCCUCAAUCCGCCGCUUUCAUUGAAUUUCACGAGCCGUUGUCUGCGUUCUUGUACCCUACCACGACCAGUACGGAUACGCUAUUGACGUCAGACGAGAUUUACAACAACUUUGUGCGCGCGGACGUUAUACUCAGACGGGUCGACCAUACUGGUACCGGAGUUUGAGAGCUCGAGUGUUGAGGAAAGGAAAGGAGAAAGAAGAUAAUAAAGACAAUGUAAUAUUAUUGGCUAUCGCUCGAUUCUGUAUGAAGACAUCUUGUGUGGUGGGAUCAUUCCCUAAGAUUAUCUGGCUAGCGAUGCAACAAGAAAUUCUAUGAUGGGUAAGUAUUACACGCUAAAAAUCGACAAUAAUGAAUGACUGCCUGUUCUCGUAAACCCUCACCUAUUAAACCCUCAGCCUCCAGCGCCAUCUAUGUCCACGCUGCCCUAUGAUUUCAGACCUCGUGUAUGACUUUUUCAACCAGCCAGUCCUCCGACCUCUUCUCCCUAAGCACAACAGGGAUCUUCAUCUGCCCAGCACCCACAUUCAACUCUUCAAUCCGCCACCUUCUGAAAUCCCUAAACGACCCAGGCUUAACGAUCCUGAUCGUUGGUGGGCGGAGACUGUCUUUACUGAGACUGCGCUGGAUGUUCUCGUUGGAUGCGAUCAGGCUGUCGAGAACCUGCUGGCGGGCGAGGUGGGCGUUGGGCCC